AUGGCUGCUCAAAGGUUACUUACCGAUACAAAUGGACCCUAUUAUGGAAAUGGUAGUGGAGAUUUUUCAACAACAAAUGGUCCCAAUGGUAAUAACAAUAUGUAUCAACCAACAUUUACUAAUGAAACAUCGUCAUCAUCCCCGAUUCCUCAUCAUCUACAAACUCUUCUUGGACCUAUCGGUGAAUCUUCAACAAAUACGAAUCAUGCGAACAGUGUAAAUGCCGAUAAUCAAAUAAAACAACAAAAAGAUAUGAUCUACAGCCAUCCAUUAUUUCCUUUAUUGGCAUUAAUCUUUGAAAAAUGUGAAUUAGCAACUUGUACACCAAGAGAUUCUGGUGGAGCAGGAGAUGUUUGCUCAUCUGAAUCAUUUAAUGAUGAUGUUACGGAAUUUGCUAAACAGCUUCAAAAAGAUCAAAACUAUAUAACAACAAAUCCGGAAUUAGACAAUGUGAUGAUUCAAGCAAUACAAGUAUUACGAUUUCAUUUGCUUGAAUUAGAAAAAGUUCAUGAAUUAUGCGAUAAUUUUACUCAUCGUUAUAUAACAUGUUUAAAAGGAAAAUUACCAAUGGAUUUAGUAAUCGAUGAACGUGAUUCAAAUGUUUCAUCAUCAAAAUCAGGUGAUGAAGAUGAUCAAGAUGAUGAUCAAUCAAGUCCUCAACCACCAUCAGGAUUUCCACCACAUCCACCAACAAGUUCAUCACGUUCAUCAUCUUAUAAUCAACAUAGUCCAGAUGGUUCAACAGCAUUAUUUCCUCAUCCAACUAAAUCACUUCGAUCAUCAUCAUCACAAUUAACACCAUUUGUUUCACCUCAUCAUCUUGGACAUCAUCCUCAUCAUCUUCCACCACCAUCAACAACACAUUUUCAACAACAAUUACCUCCACCACCUCCACAUCCAUCAUAUUCAAAUCAUCUUGUUGGUCAUCAUUCAUCACUUUUAACUCAUCCACAACAACAACAACAACAACAACAACAGCAACAACAACAUUUUCAUCAUUCAAUACAUAAUGAUGAUACACAAUCGACACAUUCUUCGUCAGAUACAAAUACUCCAAAUCCUAACCAACCAACAAUGAUCAAUAUGACAAAUACUAAUAAUAGUUAUCAUAGUUUACAUGACAAUAAUAGUGAAACGGGUGACAAUUUUGGUAAUAGUGUUGGUUCAGGUGAUGACGAUGAUCUUGAUGAUAAUACAAAAAAACGUCAAAAAAAACGUGGAAUCUUUCCAAAAGUAGCAACCAAUAUAAUGCGAGCAUGGUUGUUUCAACAUUUAACUCAUCCAUAUCCGUCCGAAGAACAAAAAAAACAAUUAGCUCAAGAUACUGGUUUAACAAUUUUACAAGUUAAUAAUUGGUUUAUUAAUGCUAGACGACGUAUUGUUCAACCAAUGAUUGAUCAAUCAAAUCGUGCUGCCCAUGCUCAAAAAGCCGCUAUACCAUCGGAAUUUACUGAUUGUUUUGGACCAUAUUCUCCUGAUGCAGCUGCAGCUGCUGCUAUGCAUUAUCAAUUUAGUGGAGGUUAUCCAACAGCACCUCAUGAUAUCUUUGGAUCUUACGCUCAAAUGUCACAAUUUCGAAAUCCAAUGAUGAUGAUGUAUCCAGGUAGUUAUCCUGUAUCAUCAAGUCCAACUAGUAUGAUGGAUCCAAUGGGUCAUCAUCAUCAUCAACAACAAGAAUCAUCAGCAGUUACAAGUGGAGCUUCGUAA